UUGUUGAUGGCACUACAAACAAUUUGUAAAUUAUUGUUUUGUUUUUCAAAAUUAAAUUAAAAAUAAAUCAACGAAUCCGAAAGAAAUUUGGCGAAAGUAUGUAAUAAUGAAAUGUGGAAUAAAUGUUAUAAAAUCUUAAAACAAAACUGCACGAAAAACCGAAUUGAUUUAAACCGGAUUUAAAUUUUGAUGUUAUGUGCAACAAAAAUCCAAUUUAUUCAAAUGUGAAAAAACGUAAACACAGACACAUAGCUGAAUAAGUGUACAGCAUAUUGCAUGCUGUUGGAAUUCAAUUUCGAAUUAAAUUGUUUAUUUAACUCUCGGAUUCAGUGAAAUUGAUAGAGCGCAGUGAAAUCCCAGCAAUUCUAUUCAGAGUAGUGCGUCGUAUAAGUUUUUGCCGUAAGAAAUCAGAUAUCCAAUUAGAUGACAAGUGUUUGUGUUGAGAAAUCGAAUGAACAUAGAGAGAGAGUGUGAGAAGCUCAAGUAUUCGAUAAAGAAAAACGAACAAGAGCAACAACAACAACACGAAGAAGAAAAAUAAGUUGACAACGACAACAUAUCAUAUUGAAUGGAAAGUGACGAAUUUGAUUUACGCAACUUAAGAGAAUGGCAACCAAUUAAAGAUGUUUUCCAAAAAAUUCCGCCGAAAAUUCAAAAAGGUUUCUUUUUCCAAGAAUUAAAUAUUACAUGCAUUGAUGCAUUGCCCGAAUUUUUGGCCCUUGGCUCCGAUAUUGGCAUCAUAUUUUGGUACAAUCGACGCAAUGGCAACGUACAAAAACUACGUACCGAGUCAACAGCAGCGAUAACAUGCAUACGAUUAGUAUCUUCGGUGGAAUAUAUGGUAGCAGCUGGCAAUACCAAUGGUGAAGUCAGCAUAUUUCAAAUACAAAAAGAAUUGCCCGCCGAAUUGUUGGCAGCACAUGAAUUAGCCGCAACCGCACUCAUAACAUCCAAUCCAAUCGAACGUUAUACCAUCAAAGAUGCGUAUCGAGGUGCAAUCACUUGCGUUGAAUGGUCAAAAAAUGGGAUGAAAUUAUUUUCGGGUGAUAAUCACGGUGUGGUCGUUCUCACUUCAAUUGAUUUUGGUCAACACAUCAGCAAAUCAAUUAAAGUGAUUAAUGAAAACUUCGGCAUUGUUCAAAUGCAAUUUCACAAUCCAUGGUUAUUGAUAUCAACACUAUAUCGUGCGAUUAUAUGUAAAUUUGAUGAAACGGGUCAUUGGAAAAUAUCACAAAUUGGUCGUACGGAUCGUAAAGUUUUAAACGAUUUUGGUGCGGUAUUCACUCCAACCGAUGUUGAUCAACGAAAACCACCGUCAAUCAUAUGUGCACGGCCUGGUUUUCGGUUUUGGAUGGCCGACAUCGAUGGCAAUGUGUCGCACACAUUUUUAUUGAAAGAGAGCGUCCACGAAGUUCGUUCGAUCUUUGAAGUGCCAUUAUUGAAUCCUGUCCACAACAUUCCUGGCACGACCAUCAAAGACACAUAUUUUGGUCCGUGUUUUUAUUAUCUAGGCCAAUACAUUGUGACCUAUUGCGAAACGAUGGUAUUUAUAGUAAAUUUAGAAAAGCUUAAAGUGAUGGCUACGAUUAAACGCUUACGAAAUAUACAGUAUUUAACGGUCAAUGGCAAUGAGAUAUUUAUUGUAGAAGGAGGCCGUAGUAUUGUACGGAUAUCAAUCGUACCGGAAGGCGCUGCAAUGGCAAAUAGUACAAAAUAUGUGCCAUCGAACAAUGAAAAUCUAAUGUUGAACGAUUCAAAUAUCGAAAUUCAAGAAGAAACAAUUACACAAGCUGAUGAAUGCUUUGAAUUGCCGCCAAUCGAAAAUAUACAAUUGGAUGUACCGUUGGCAUGUCGUAUCGGUGAACAUCAAAUGUUGAAAGAGGAUAAAUUAUUGCUGGAACAUAGUAAAAAAUUGGAAAUCUUUGAGAAGAUCAACACAUUAGACUACGAUGAAUCGAUUUUAUUUCAAAAAGGUACAAAGAAAAAGAAGAAAGUCUCGAGCGAUUCAAUAACAAAUGAUGAAACAAAAAAAGUCGAUGGUGUCGUUGAAAUUGGCCGAAAAGCCGAAUUCUUCAAUGAUAAUCCAAAUGGAUUUGCUCAUACAAAUAAGGAAAUUGUGGAUCAACAAACACGGAUUGGCACAUUUGCAAAUAAAACAACAAAACCAUGUCUGAUGCAAGCCAGUUUCUGUGAUUUCGUUCAUACUGAACGAGAUUUGAUCACACCAAAUAAUGAAUCAGAACCAAAGCCAAACACCAAUACCAACGGAACAACAGAGCAAAAGAACAAUUCAAUAAUUCAACAAAAUGGAAAUGAAGCCAUGCAUCAAAUGGAGAGUGUGAAUUCACUUCAAAAAGAUAAAUCAUAUUCAUCGCAAAAUAAUUCACCGGAACGAAUGCAAUUCAAACCACUUGAAUUGGGUCGGUCGUAUGCAUCGAGUAGUUCAUUUGGAAGGCAAAAAGCUAUGAAUACACCUCUCUUCACUGUACCAGCGCUUAAACUCAUGUAUCCAAUUGGAAACCAGUUUAGUCGACCGACUUUGGAGGAAUUUCAAAAAGGUGAACGAAUUAUCGAUGGAAUUUCAAUGGACUCACCACUUUCCGAUGUGCCGCUGACAAGUGACGAUGAUGAAUAUGAAGGCGAUGCAAUCGAUAGCCUUGAUAUAAUCAAGCAAUGUGCAAACAAUCGAACACCAACAAAUACACCGCCCACGAUGAUGCCAGCACCAUCGAAGUCACAUCAAACGGCCACGAAAACAACCGACAAAUAUUUCUCAAGCCUAGCAAAUUUGCCAAAGUUAUGGGAUUUAAAAAUUGAAAAAUAUGAUGUAAACCGGUACAACGGCGAUGUCACAAACAAAUCUAAUGACAAUCGAAAACCAGAAGCGUAAAUUCACAGCAAAUGGCCGAAUUCUAUGAUUCAUAGACAAGGCGUUGAUAAUGAGGAAAUAUUUCGCUAAUUGGUACGUGUAAGCUGAAUUCAAGGGCAACUAACACAGCAAACUCAGACGCAAGCAACUCCUUACGAUUCAAACGAAAUACGCUUUCGAUUUUCUGAAAAGAAAAAAAAAGCGUUAAAAAAGCACAAAAUUAUACGAUAUUUAUGCUAAGCAUUCUUUUUUUAAAUGUCAUAAUAAGAUAUAUUAAAUUAUUAUAAAACUCACAAUGAGCUAUGCAUUCAAAAUGAACAAAGAAAAAUGUAAUAUCAAAAGUACCUCAAUUAAACUUUUCAGUGCAUCGCCCUUGAUGUCAUUCAAUUUGGCGCUUAAUAAUAAACAAGAGCCGGCACAUAGUUUUCGAUUCUCUUUGUUUAUCAAAUUGGCCAAUAUUAAUUUUUCAAAGUAAACAUAAGCCUGUGAUACGGUAAGUAAAUCAAUGCGAUUGUCCAUUUUAUUGAUGCGACGCAUUUCACGUUUUAAACUACGUAAUUUACUCAAUGUUAACUGUAUAUGAGGAAAGCGUUCGCGAAACUUAUCGUUCAAUUCUUUUUUCAAGUCCGAUGACUUUACGUAAUCGAUCACCGAUGUCACAUACGACGUGAAUGUUAGGAGAGUUCGAUGUUUGCCUGCUAUUAAUUCCGGGUCAUCCAACAAAUUAGCUGAAUAUUGAUACUAAAAGGAAAACGAAAAAAAGAUGAAAAAAAAAAUUGUCUACGCAUAUCAGUAGUUCAAAAUACAAUGUACGUGCACUGAGUGUUUAUAAUCAUUUAAUGAUUCUCUUUUUUUUUUGCUUUACUUUGGUAAUUAAAUAAGUGAGAAUAAAAAAACGAACCAUAUUGAAUUUUCCAUCAGCGUCAAUUUGAUCGUCACUUGUUUGCUUUUCAUUACUGCCGACUGACAUGCUGCCGUUCAUAUUUCGAGUAUUUGUGUAAUUUUCAAAUGGAUAGUACCUGCGGCAUAGAAAAUAAACAAUGAAUUACGUAGCACAUUUGGCAAGGACUGGUGAUAUCAUUUAAAAAGAAAAGAAACAAAUUGGAUUAAAUUGUUCUUAUUUCUUAUGAUUUCUUUUCCUACGCGCUUUUUUAUGAAGAAUUUCACA